AUGGCUGAAGCAAUUCUGUUUGCAACUUUGGAAGGAAAUCUCCCUCUCGAAGAAGUAUUGACAUGGAUUUCAGACGAAACUUGCGGGCCAUCACUUCAAGAAAAUCUAACAUGCAGUCGUGGGGAUUUUGUCCUGUGCAUUUUGAAUUAUCUUCGUGAGUCAACUGAAAGAGCAUGGCAACAAUCAGCAACUUUUCAAAGUCCCAUUAAAUCUGUCAAAAAUUCAACUAAAAUUCACAAUCUGAACAGACAAACUUCACCUCAGAAGAGUGUUGAAAAAAAGUUUGCCCGUCGAGUUGAACUUUUUCCAACAGGGGCUUCUUCAUCUAAGCCCUUGGACCAAGACAGAUAUCUCUCCACAAGCAAAACAGAAGCUGACUUCAAUAAUGACAACUCAUUUGCCAAUCAGACCCGCUCACCCGUAGUGCAUUCUCCAAGUCCAUACAGAGAAGCACUUGGCAAGUAUUCGGUUAACAGCAAAAUGAAAGAUGAAGAAAACCCAUUUUUUUCUUCCGAAGUGAACUGCUUGGCCACAUCAUCACCUUUGUCUCUUAGUGUUACCUCUGAAGUUUCUUCUCAGCACACCCCCAUCAAUAGACGUGUCCAGAGUUUCAAAUCAAAUGAGAGAUGCUCACCUCCAGUUGGUGUCAAUUCACCAGAUUCUGGCUUUAAGACUCCUACUCGUGGAAAUGCCAUGUGCUUGGGAGAUUUCCUCAUUAAGGGAGGAAAAUCCCAACAGUCAAAGAAACGUUUUUCAACAAGUCCAACAAAUAGUCCUGCUAUAUCUCAAAACAGUACACCUGUUGAUCAUCAAACUAGCCAGUCAUACAAAAGGAAACACAAGCGCCGCAUCAAUCCAACCAAAGUGUCUCUAGAGAGCUCCUCCUUCUCUUCACAGAAUGGUUUCCAAGAAUCAGAGGCCUUUGGAUCUGCAAAUCGACCUAUACCAGAUUCAUCUCCAUUCAAAACUGUUAGUAUGGAGCCAAUAAAAGCACCUCUGAGUUUUACUGAAGAACGCAACCUUCUCAAGCAAGAGAGGCUCAAGCUACAAAAUCAAGGGGAUAACACAGUGUCUGAAGCUGCAGCAGUUCACUGUGCUAUGACCACCAAAUCAGCCCUGCCAAAAAUGAUUGUGGCUGAUCCACUAAAAGUUACCAACCCUGAAAAAUUAUUGAAACUUAGUGAAUUGUAUGGCUGUGUCCUGAAUGCAAAUCUAGUUCCAAAUCUCAUGAGUGAGUUAUAUUUUCUGAUUUCUCUGUUAUUAAUCCGAAGCGAUUUAAGUGAAGAAGAAAAUGAAGAUGUUAUUUCUAAUUUGGAAGAUAAAUUGAAAAAUACUUCUCUUGAUGAAUUAGAAGGAAAGGCUUGUGAUGGAAUUAAAGCUGAGUCAACUGUAGAUUUGAGCCCAGUGAGGUCUAGGAAGCACUCUGUGAAGAAAGCGAGCCAUCAACAAUAUUUUUAUUCUGUCCACAAUUGUGUUUUCUUUGCUACAAAUGUACUUUCUAAGCAAGUUGAUGUGCUGGGGAACUUUGAUCGCAUCACACUAAAGCUCUUAUUGGAUAGUGAGCGUAUUGCUGUAUUCGCUCCCAACCUAAAGGAAUAUUUGUUAUCCUUGUAUGCUAACAGUGUGUCCACCACAAAAGGUUCUCAAGGAAUGGUUCCAAACAAAGUGAUUGUUAGUGGUAAUGUUUCAUUUCAGUCUGACACAGACAACAGCUCCAAUUUUCCAACAGCUCAGUGCUUCAGCAACUUUCGGAAACAGCGUGAUGGUUUUUAUGAAAUUUUACGUAUUUGGGAGGCAAAUCAUCAAAAACCAGGUUGGAACUUUGCUGUUACUCUUGGGAGCAGAGUCCGGAGCUUAUUACAUUUAUGUAGUGAUCCCAUCAAUCUUAUGCAUUUUGCAAGAUUAUUUCGUCUACAACUUCUGUCAAUUGUCAGUGGAACAUCUAACUGUUUAGAUGAUGAGCCUGAGGAUCUUGAAUUCCUUGAGGGACUUCGUGGUAUUGAUCCAGACAAACUUAAUCGCUUAAAAGAUCGCUUAGUGACACCGUACAAAGCUGGAGGACCAAGACCAGAUCCAUCAUUUCCUGGUUCUCAGGAAUUUUACCGCGAUUUUAUUUUGUCUGCCUGGCACUUAUCCUUCUUACAACACCUUCAAGAUAGUCUUAUUUCUCAUCUCCUGGAAUUGGAUCAGACAUCAUUUUUGGCCUCAGACACAGAAGACUCUGAAUUUACAGUGGACAGCACAACACGACAGAAUUAUCUGUCUUGUGUGGUGAUGAUGCGCCUGCUCGCCAAAUUUUUGGGACUUGUAGUAUUUUUACCAUAUAACAGAACAGAUACUAAUUUGCCACAUAAUAUUCGGGAUACUGAAGUUUCUGUGAGAUCAAAGGUCAUGCCCCCAUUGGACAUCUUACGAUGUGUUGUUGAAGCCCACAAAAACCAUCGUCUGAUUGUAACUGUUCCAUGGGUUGUCAAAUUUUUAGGAAUGAUGGACUCUGUUUCCUCUGCACUACCUGUAUACCAAACAGUUAUCCAACUUUUACUGCGAUUAUAUAUGGAUUUGAGACAAGGAACCAGUCCUAGCCUUUUUAGAAGGAGUUUGAUGCUUCCUUCAAAGACAGUGUUACUGUUGCGCCUUUCUUUGGGAUGGCUCUUUGAAGCAUCAUUCAUUCAAGAGACAUUUUUCUAUUCGUGGUGUUUCAAUUUGGAUGAAACUCUGAUGUUAUCUCUAGAUGCCGGAGGUACUCCAAGCUUCGAUGCUUCACUUCCUGCCUUGGAUUCAAGUGAUGGACUUUCUGUGACAUCCAGCACUGCUCCACCUGUCGAUGCAUUGAAUUUAGUUGAUUGCGAUGUUCUGUAUGCUCUCUGUCCUUUUCUAAUGGAAUUGAGGAUUUUAUUGGCGUCAACUCCAUCUGAAUGUGCCCCUGGAGGAUCUGUCAGACACAUUACUCCAGUGUCAGCUGGAUCUUCAAUGCUACCCUUUGCAUCAUCUGUCAAGCAAUUAGAGCUUAAGCUAGAAGACAAUUUCUUUCAUGGACUCCCUGCUUCAGUACUUAGAACUGUUGAGUUUGUUGUUGAAAGAGUAACCUCAGCUUGUGUGAAACACAUUUGCAAUGUCUGGCUUCCUACACUCAAACAACGAGGUGUUCUUCAGCUGCAAGAGAAAAUUAAAUCCUAUCAGACAGAGAUUGGUUUGGUAAAAGACCCAUCAGUGAUACAGAGUGAACUGAAAAAGGAAAUAAAUCUAAUAGUAGAUCAGGUGUCUGUUGGUUUAAAAGCCAAGUGUCGCACUGGUGUGCCAGAAUUUUGCUUGGCAAAGUGCAAAGGUGCCUUAUUUGCACUUCUCUCAGAAGAAUCUUUAAGUGUUGCUGUUUGUGAAAUGUGUGUUAAAAUUGCAUCUAGGAUGAGUGAGGAGCGUGUUAUUUCUUGGAUGCAAAGCCAUGCAACUCUUACCAUUUAUAGUAAAGACCUGCAGUCUGAAACAGAGAAAGCUAUUAAAAAUCGAGAGCGGUGUGAAGUUUCUACAAGCACGGCCAAAACAUCUCAUAUAGCUCCAGGAGCCAGUGCUUCAUGGAAGCAUGAUGACUCUGCACCUAGCCCAUUUGCUGUUCUUCAGAGCCUAAAGGUUAUGGUGUGUGACAUAUUGAAUGGACAAGACAUCUCCAGAGACAUUGUGGAUGAUAUCCUGAACCAGAUGGAACAGUGUGUGACCAAAAGACAAGAUGUUGUGCCAGCUGCUGAAAGAAUACUUGCCCUUCUUUCAGUUGAUUUAAUUAUUUCACUUGUCUGUCACAAUCCUCGCAUAGUGGAUUCCCAUCUUUUGUCGCGUAUGGUCAGCUUAUGGAAGCUGGAUGCACUAAGACCGGUUGAAGAUGGGCUUGCACGCUUGGUGUGCCCUCGAAACAUGCUCUUGCUGGCGCAAUCAACUCAUCAGACUCGCCUUGUAUGGGAAAAACUGGCGGAUGUUGUAGCUGCUGUCUUAAAAGCAAAAUUGGUCACACCUGAGUUACUUGAAAAUCAGUGUCUUGCAAUUAUGCAACAAGAGUGGCCUCAGAACAUACUCCGCUGCUUUGCCAUGUGUAUGAAUGAGGUUGUUCGUCAGUACCAGAAACAAAAAGAUGUCGAUUAUAAGUUUGUCCUCCUUUUAGAAUGGCUUGCUGAAACAAUGGCUCAGAUUGAUUACUUUCCUCACUUAUAAGCAAGCCUAGAGAAGCAUGACAUGCCACAUUUCUUGGUGCACUUGUUAUCCAGUCUGUGAUUUUGUAAUUUUAUACUUCUCUGUGUACAUAUGUUAUUUAUGACUUUAUGAAUGUCUCAUAGUUUUAUUACUGCAAUAUUUUAUGUGUCAAAUUGGUUGUUAUUGUACGUAACUUGAAAUGCAUGUAUUUAUGUUAUCAAAAAUAACAUCUGGUUCAGUAAUUUUAUGUCAUUUUAGAAUAAUUUUGACAAUUUUUAUGUAUUUUUAUUAUUGUUUUAGAAAUUUUCACUGAAAUCUUGAUAGUAUGUACAUGAAAAGUUGUAUGCAAAUUCUUAUUUCUAUUGAAAUAAAAGCAAUUUUU